AUGUUGACCGAACUAAACGACUCACUCCCCAAGCAACAUGGGCGCCGUUAUUAUAAUUCAAGUGAAGAAGAUCAUCGACGACAGAUUUUCAGUCAGUCUGUGGCACAUGUUUUAAAUGUUAAUUCGCAAAACCUGUCAUAUAAGUUGGAAUUAAAUCAUUUAUCAGAUUUGACUGAACAAGAAUUUAAUAAACAGAAAAAAGGUUAUAUACCCCACCCUAAAAAUUAUACUCGAAAGCGCCGUUCAGGCGCCGAGAAACAAUUGCAGAUAGAUGUUACACCUUCGCAGGAAGAUGUCACACCUUGGCAGGAAGAUGUCACACCUUGGCAGGAAGAUGUUACACCUUGGCAGGAAGAUAUUACACCUUGGCAGGAAGAUGUUACACCUGGGCAGGAAGAUGUUACUAUUCCGACUUCAUUAGAUUGGGUGGCAGAAGGUCGUGUAUCGUCAGUAAAAGAUCAGUUGCAAUGCGGUGAUUGUUAUGCAUUUGCUACCACGGCAGUUAUGGAAGGACUAGUUGCAAAGAAAACGGGGUUGUUGUUGAAUUUAAGUCCACAAGAAAUAAAUGAUUGUUCACUAGAAAGUGAACUACGAUUUUUUGGACCAGGAUUGACGCAAGAUUGCCGAGACAGCUCCGUUCCCCGACAAAUAAUCGGACCUAAUAUCAGCUACACGCAUGUGAAUGAGAAUGAUGAAGCUGCCCUCUUGCAAGCUGUGCUUCGAGGACCAGUUUUCGUGUCUAUUAAUGCAAACGUAGCGGCGUUCAUGUACUAUACAAGUGGAAUUAUUAACUUGUCGGCACAAGACUGUGACCCAAAUCAGUUAGAUCAUGCUGUGACACUUGUUGGCUAUGGUUUUGAUGAUGUACUGCAAUUGAAUUAUUGGAAAGUGAAAAAUAGCUGGGGAACUAGCUGGGGAGAAGAUGGCUAUGUUCGUAUUGCAAGAGGAACAAAUGUAUGCGGCAUUGCUGCGGACGCCGUCGAAGCGGACACCGUUGAAGCGGACACCGUUGAAGCGGACACCGUUAAAGUGGACAUCGUCAAAAUCGGAGGCAGGUGA